CUUUGCUGCUGAUGCAGGGCCCCCUGGACCGCUGCCUGGUGAGUGCACACCGUCGCCUGCUGCUGCUGCUGCUGCUGUUUCUAUUUCUGCCGCUGCUGCUUCUGCUGGUCUGCUGUCGCUGCUGCUUCCGGUCGUCUCCUGCUGCUGCUGCUGCUGCUGCUGCUGCUUGCGGGCAAGGGCGGCGCUCAGCUGCGCGAAGGACGCCGAGGGCUCCCUUUGUCUCUGCUGCUGCUGCAGGAAACAGCAGCAGCAGCAACAGCAGCAGCAGCAGCAGCAACAGCAACAGCAACAGCAGCAGCGGAGCACCGCAGGCGUCUCCAGAAAGAGAACGAAAGCUAGCAGAGGCGCUGCAGCUGAAGAGGAGAAUGGGACGGACUCAGUGGCGGCCCAAGCCCAUUGCGAGCUGGGGGACUUGCAGCUUUCAG